AGAAGUUCCAAGAUGAUCAAUUCAAACACCACAGAGCCUCCGGAUGACUCCUGCUCCCAGAACACCCUGAUCACCCGGCAAAUCAUUCCUAUGCUAUACUUCGUGGUUUUCAUGGCAGGGAUUCUACUCAAUGGAGUGUCAGGAUGGAUAUUCUUUUACGUGCCCAGCUCUAAGAGUUUCAUCAUCUAUCUCAAGAACAUUGUUGUUGCAGACUUUCUCAUGAGCCUGACUUUUCCUUUCAAGAUCCUUGCUGACUCGGGCCUGGGCCCCUGGCAGCUGAACGUGUUUGUGUGCAGGGUCUCGGCCGUGCUCUUCUACGUCAACAUGUAUGUCAGCAUCGUGUUCUUUGGGCUCAUCAGCUUUGACAGGUACCAUAAAAUCGUAAAGCCGCUUUUGACUUCCUUCAUCCAGUCAGUGAAUUACAGCAAGCUCCUGUCGGUGACAGUAUGGAUGCUCAUGCUCCUUCUUGCUGUUCCGAACAUCAUUCUGACCAACCAGAGUGUUAAGGAGGUUACGCAGAUAAAAUGUGUGGAACUGAAAAAUGAACUGGGACGCAAGUGGCACAAAGCAUCAAACUACAUCUUCGUGAGCAUUUUCUGGAUUGUGUUUCUUUUGCUAAUCAUUUUCUAUACUGCUAUCACGAGGAAAAUCUUUAAGUCCCACCUUAAGUCCAGAAGGAAUUCCGCUUCGGUCAAAAAGAAAUCCAGCCGCAACAUAUUCAGCAUCGUGUUUGUAUUUUUUGUCUGUUUCGUACCUUACCACAUUGCCAGAAUCCCCUACACAAAGAGCCAAACAGAAGCUCAUUAUAGCUGCCAGUCAAAAGAAAUCUUGUUCUGUGUGAAGGAAUUCACUCUGCUACUAUCAGCUGCAAAUGUAUGUCUGGACCCCAUUAUUUACUUCUUUCUAUGCCAGCCAUUUAGGGAAAUCUUAUGUAAGAAACUGCACAUUCCAUUAAAAGCUCAGAAUGACCUAGACAAUUCCAAAACCAAAAGAGAAAUUACAAUGCAUGAAAGCACAGAUACUCUGUGA